UUAAUGGAAGUGAGAGAAUAUAAGAGAAAUUACAUGUUAUUUCCAUUUUAAUUGUUACUAAGUCCAGAUAAUGAAAGAUGGGUUCUAUUAUUGAGGUCUAUAUUAAAAGUGACCUUCUCUUCAGUGAGGCGUCUACUGAUGAGAAGUGGUGCACGCCGUGGAUAGGCUAUUGUGUAGGCUAUGUGCGUGAGUCUGUGAAGUGGCAGCCGCAGCGAAUACUGUGAUUAGGAUCAUGACAGGGGUUAAGACGCAGCAUCACUAAUAACCGUGGCUUUCGUCCAAUCUGCUUCAAUUGACGUGUGAGUCUGUCCAUUUGGCUCCUAGCAGGCUGACUCAAACACCAUCAAACUGUGUCCAAAAGUGGAUCAGAACUGCGCUUUGGUAUUUUUGACACUGCACCUGCUACGGUUAAUCUCGUUAUGAUGACAUUCAGAAACACCUCCUUGGAUUUAUUCUCUCAGUUUUAUAUCUUGCAGAAUUUAUCAACGUUUUUUAAUUUCUCUUUGGACGCGAUGUACGACAGAGGAACGAAUUACGAGUCUGAAUCCCACAGACCGACCAUCAGAGCGCUGCUCAUCGUCGCAUAUUCCGUUAUCAUAGUCAUCUCGCUUUUCGGAAACGUGGUGGUUUGUCACGUUGUUAUUAAGAAUAAAAGAAUGCACUCAGUGACAAGUUUGUUCAUCAUGAAUUUAGCCAUUGCUGACGUCCUUAUAACUCUCCUCAACACGCCUUUUACACUGGUUCGGUUUGUUUACAGUACAUGGGUGUUUGGGAAGGUGAUGUGCCAUGUGAGCCGCUUUGCACAGUAUUGUUCUGUCCAUGUCUCUGUUCUUACACUGGUUGCCAUUGCCAUUGAUAGACACCAGGUGGUUAUGCAUCCAAUGAAACAGCGGAUGUCUCGGCUUCAGGGUGUAGCCUGGAUCGGUGUCAUCUGGGUGAUGGGGUCCUGCUUCUCUCUACCUCAUGCCAUCUACCAGAAACUGCUGCGCUUUGAAUUUGUCAAUAACAGAGUACGGAUGGUAUGUCUGCCCAGCUUCCCUCAUCCCUCCGAUCUUUUCUGGAAAUAUCUGGAUCUUGCCACCUUUGUCCUCCUCUACGUAUUGCCUUUAGCGAUUAUCUCCUUAUCAUACCUCGUGGUGGCAAAGAAGGUUUGGUUCCAGAAUGCCGUUGGUGAUGUCACACUGGCUCAAUCGGCCGCUCAUCGCAGAAGGAAGAAGACAACUUUGAAAAUGCUGAUCGCAGUGGUGGCUGUGUUUGCAGUCUGCUGGUUUCCUUUAAACUGUUACGUUGUGCUGCUGUCAAGUAAAAUGAUCCAGGCUAAUAAUGCCCUGUAUUUUACUUUCCACUGGCUGGCCAUGAGCUCUACCUGCUAUAAUCCCUUCAUAUACUGUUGGCUCAAUCACAGCUUCCGUGCAGAACUCAGAGCCCUGCCUUUAAUUGGCCGUAUAGCCAAGGGCAAUGCCAUCCAGCAAUCCUAAGGAAGAAGCCAAGAUUUUGCCAUUAUAUUUUCUCUUUUAGAAUUCUGUUGUUUUUAUAAAACACAUAUUUGCAUGUGAGGGCACUGUAACAGUAUAUCUCUCUCAUCUCCCAUUCUAAUGAUGCGGUUUCUCAUUUUUGCACCCAUGGCUGUCAUUUAGUCCUCUUCCACCUCUUCCACCCAGAAAGUUACACCUAAACCCAUCUCCUUCAAAAAACUCUGUUGCAUAGAAGAGAUGACAUAAAUACAGGAGUUACAAGAUGCUAAAUAGAAAAAAAAUACACACCAUAGUGGAACACACUAUAUGACUUUUCAAAUCUGAACAAAUACAAAAAAAAAAAACUGAGGAUCACACACUUCUAGUCUCUCACACAGAAACAUGCUUCAUUGACAAAUAAAAACAAUGUGUUCUAAAAUUGGCUCAAAAUAUCAAACUUGUUUGAUCUACUAAUGGAUAGGAUAAUAGUCUGAAGCAAAAAAAAAAAAAAAAAUCAAUUUGUGCUUAUCAUACACUUCGUGAUUUUCUGUGAAACUCCAACUGCCCAAAAUCUGCAGAUUGUCUCUGACUUCCGUCUACAGGCAUCGAAAGUCAUGUAGUGUAUUUCAACCGUUUGUACGGUUAAAAGUGGCUUUUCAAUAGCACCACAUCACAAACAAAAUUACAUAAAAGCGAGUAAGAGGUUUAUUUAGGUUUUAAGUUGGAAAUAACUGAAUGAGAUUAUUAGGCUAAUUUAUGCUAUGCUAUACUAUACUUAACUGUAACAACUAUUAUGUAAUUAUAAUUACAUUUUGACAGUUUCUGAUGCACUGCAAUAAUUUCAUAUCAGGGUCUUAUUUAUUUAUGUAUGUGGUUUUUUUUUUUUUUUAUAUCACAGCCAUAUUUAAUUCACUUAUCUCCAUGCAUGAGUAAUUCUCAGGCAGCACUGUAUUACAUUUAUGGAUAUUGCUACAAUCUCUUGAUUAAAUUUACAUUAUUUUCAGAUAUUAAUGGUGUAAAAUAUAGGUGAAGUAAAAUUAAUUGCAUUUUGAUGCAAUUUUAGCCCUCUAAAUAUGUUCAUUUGACAUUCUGGGCAUUCCAGAGAAUGCUACCUGUGUUAGUAUUGAUUAUACAAAUUAUAGGGUGGCCAAGUCUCAGGGUUGAGCUUUCAGUCACACCUUGCUGUAUGUAUGAACUUAACUUAAGAGCAAUUUUUGAAGGGGACACAAAUAAUACAGCCAAAAUUUUACUUAUAAAGAAUAAUUGUAAUGUUACACAGAAGAAAACCAACUAUUAUUAGUGUAGCAUGGAGACUGCCAUUAUGCUCAUUGUUUCUCUUUGGUUCAAUGAAAAAACUGACUAAAUUGGCCAAAAUAUUCUUCUUCAAAAUCUUUAUAUAUAUAUAUAUAUAUAUAUAUAUAUAUAUAUAUAUAUAUAUAUAUAUAUAUAUAUAUAUAUAUUUAUUUUUAUUUAUUUUUUUUAAGUUGCCACCAAAAUACGAUGAAUACACACUGAGCAUAACCCAACACACAACAGUAAAUCUAUUAGCCUUAUUACAGUUCACAUAUUCUUAUCAUUGUUGUUGGUAGGGGUGACUUAGUAUCCAACAAGCUAUGGUAAACAAGCCACCAAACAAGCUAGGUAAAUGUGACUCUUAAGUGUUUUUUUUUAAUUAAUAAUCUUGACAGAUGCUGUGCCCUGCACAGACAAAAUGUAACAAAACAGCAUUCAUAUGCUUUUAUCUAUUGACAUCCAUCAGUCAAAUCGUACUCGGUUACUAACGUAACCUCGGUUCCCUGAGAUACG